AUGCUUUCCUUUGAUUAUAGUGGAACAAACGGUUCAACAGGUAUUAAUGGCAGAAGCGGAUCUUGUGGUAUCAUGGGCAUGCGUGGGCAAGAUGGCUCUGAUGGUGGAUUUGGAACUGAUGCUACAAACGCUAGAAAUAUUAACUUAGUUCUAAGAACUGAUGGAUCAGCAAAGAUCAUUAUAGAUGAAUUAAAUUAGAGAUCUCUUUUUGAUAAUUUGAUUUUAGGUGAUUCAAAUAAUAAAGUAAAUCUCAUUUCCAACGGUGGCCAUGGAGGACAUGGAGGUGCUGGUGGAGAUGGAGGUAGAGGAGGUGAUGGUAUGAGUGGACAUAGUGCAACUAGAUAUUCUUGCGGUACUAAUGGAUAGAAUGGAGGUAAUGGUGGUGAUGGAGGCAAUGGUGGCGAUGGAGGUAAUGGAGGUGAUGGUGGAGCUAUUACUGUAACCGCUAAUAAUUAAGAUAUGGAUUUGUUUAUGCUUAUUGAUUAAGUUUUCUAUAAAGGUGGCAACGCAGGAUUAGGAGGUCCAGGAGGUAGUGGAGGUUCUGGAGGAUUUGGAGGUAGAGGAGGUAGUAGCUACUCAUGGUCAGAAACCUAAAAUGGAGUUACAAGACACUACAGCAAUCCUGGUGGUCAUAGCGGUAUGCCAGGUUUUAGAGGUAGAGAUGGUGUUAGUGGUCGAAAUGGAAGACCAGGAAGAGAUGGUACUUUUGCUUACAUACUUGAUGGGAAAUAGUACUCAUAUCGUUAUAAUCUCAAAAUAGACAGAGUUUGUGCUAUUUAGUCUGACGAUGGAAUUAUAGAACCUGGUGAAUCGUUAAUGAUAAAUGCAAUGGAGGUUUUAAAUAUUGGAGGUAUGCAUACUCCUAUUGCUUAAUAGAUUGCAUUAUAUUUGCAGGAUAAUUAAUGGAUUUACUUCAAUCCGAUUGAUACUGUGUUUAUUCCUCAUAGUAUACCUAUAGGACAAGUAUUUAAUAUUACAGAUGCAAAUCCAAUUUAAUUUAAAAUAAAAGAUUACACUAAAGCUGCUAUUGACUCUGUUUUUAAGUAAACUGCUGUAGUCGAUUACAGGGCUAAGGUCGAAAGAAUUAACAAAGAAUUUUAGACUGUUACAGAUUAAACUAAUAAAUACACUGUUAGAUUUCCUGUUGAAAUUUCCCCUGUUCAACUUUUAAGAUCUGUCACAUUUAGAGAAGAAUCCCCUUUUGCGAUAAGCAUUUGGAACCGCUCUACUAAGCCUAUUGGUAUUAAUCACAAUAGAUUGCUUAACUUUAGAUUAAUUUUAUGUGAUACAAGACAAACAGUUGAUUUUAUCCCAAAAAUGUUUGAAGACUAAGAUAAAGAUUAUCGCAAUUCUAGCAUUUGGGGGUAGAAUGCAAGAAAUCAAAAAAAUUUUGUUAAUCCUAGCAUGAAUGAAAAUUUUAAUUACAUAAUUGAGCAAGAGUUUAUUACUUCAAUAGGCCCAAAUGAAAAAAAAAUUAUCAGUGGAACAAUUAAACUUAAAGAUUAAAAUUUGCCUUUGUACACAAAUAUAAGAAUGCAAGCUAAGUUGGAUUUAGGAUAUUACCACAAUCAAGCAGAGGUGUUUUAAAACAUUUAAACACGUAAUUUCCAUAUUUAAUUGACAGAAGGACAUAACUUUGAUCCAAAUUCUGAUUUUUUGCUUGUGUUUAACUGUGAAACAUCUAGUAUUUUUAUAGAUUCUGUAAAAUAGUUUGCUGAAUCCUUUGGUGGUAAUGUUGAUUUAUGGAAUAUAUCAAAUUAUCAAGGAUUUAAUUAUGAUUAUAUUGGUCCAAUUGAUAAACCUUUGUCAACUCUAUAUAAAAAUAAAGUAGUUAUCAUUUUGACUAAUGAAUACUCACUUAUCAAUAGCGAAAAAACAAAUGCUAUGAAGUAAAUUAGAGAACCUCAUAUCUACAAAGGAAUUAAAGACUACAAAAUAAAUGCUUACAUUUUGGGUCCUUGGUCAAAUUAUAAUGAAUUUUGGUUAAUUCACCCUAAUUGUGAUAGCGAUUCUAGUGUUACUAUAGGAAAUUAAGAGAAUGAACUAUACAGGUAAUUUGCCUCAGAUUAAAAAGAUAAAGAGGAUUUAAAUAAGGUAGAUCCUGAUGAAGAAACUAAAAAGGCAUUAAUAGGAAAUUAUCUCAUGGAUUGUUCUUAUACUUAUGAUUUUCACACUAGCAUCUCUUGCUGCUCAAAUCCAUCUAGUGAUAAAAUAUACACAAAAGCGAAAAGUGUCCUGAAAAAGAUUGAUUAAUUGAAUCCCUCUUAUAACCAUAUUCUUACCUAUGCUUACAAGCCAGAAUUAGUGAAAAAAGGUACCUUCUCAUCAGAAUAUAAUUUAGGUAAAAUAACUGUUAUUGAAUCUAUGAGAAAAGAUGCAGCUACUCUAAUUACUCGUAACAGAGCAUAGCUAAAUGAAACUAUGUUAGAUAUUGUUGAUAGAUUUUGUUUAAUUAAAUUACUUUCUUUUGAGAAAAAGCUAAAUUAUCUUCAAAGAGCCAUGGGAAACUUCGAUAAUGCUAAAAUGGUAAUUCAAGCUAUAGUUUCAGAUCUCUGCGAUGAAUAUGUCACAUUCCAAAAGUUACCUUAAAAUAACAAGGAACUAUAAGCCAAUCUAAAGAAUUGGACAUAAUUUAUGAAAUUUAACUUUGAUGAAGCCUUGAAGCCAUUUAAGCCAAAAUAAAAAAAGACAUAAAUUCAUGGAGGUUUUAGAUCAGAACCUGGAUAUAAUAACCCAACUUAUUAGGAUCCUGCAAUGCCUCCUUAAAUGCAAUUUUCUUCUGAACCUCCCCUCCCUCCUGCUCCUGCAAAUUGUGAAUUUGAUGGAUAAUAACCCCCAAUGUUCAACGCAUAAUAGGAUAUUAACAUGUAACAAGGUAAUUAUGAUUAUCCUCCUUAAAUGAAUGAAAUGGAUAAUAACUAAUAAUAAAACUAGCUCUUAGAAAACGUUAAAGAAAUAAAUAUUGUUGAAAAAUAAGAUAAAUUCGAAAUAAAUAUAAAUGUUUAAUAAGACUAAAACUAAAAUAUGUAAAAUAUGAAUAUGCCACCACCAGUAAUAGGUAUUUCUUUAGAUCAAGCCGCAGCAGCAACUCUAUAACCAGAAAUGCAAUAGUAAGUUGAUGGUGAGUAAGAAAUUUUAAUUUCUAAUUAAGUAAGAAACUAUUUAAUUGAAUAUUUAAUCCACUUUGAGGCUGCUUUAAAAAAACAAAUAUCCUUUGGAUAAAAAUGUUGCUGCUCUAUUACAGCUAAAGUUAACUCCCAUUGUCGUACAAUUAUUGGGUCAAUUUUAAUAAAAAAAUUGUAAGUUGGCUCUGAAUUAAUUAAUCAAUAAGGUUAGGCAUUUUAUAAAGAAUUAGAGUAAAAAGAUAAAAAUGAUGUAUUUGAAUUGUAUUAAGCUCCUCAUAAAGCUAUGAAUAGGGCAAUUAAAAAUUCUGAUUUUGUCAGACAAAACAAUCUUAAUUUGCAAUCAACUGCAUACAGCAUAAGAGAUUUUCCUCAUUUUAAUUUCAACAAAGAUGAAAAUGUCUAUAUUCAAGAUGGAUCAUUUAUCUUUACUAACGAAAUAACACAAGAAAUCAAUUACCAAAAAAGAUAGAAUAAAAUAGAAAGAUUCGAAAAUUAAAUAUAAUUUGACAAAGACUGA